AUGCAGGCUCUGCGAAAAGAAUUGAAAAACAUCACGCUGAGGCUGUGUGGCAUCGCUGUCAGCAACCGGAGAAUCCCCCCGGGACUGAGUACGGCUUUUCUCGGAGUCGUCGUGCGCGGCGAGUGUUUUGAACAGAGAGAGGAGCAAAAUGCUCUUCUGGGUAUUCUAGAUGAGCUGGAAGGCGCUCACGGCUGGCCCGUCGCCGGCCCAAGAGACAAACUGAAGCAAUCGUGGGACUGGUUAUGA